AGACGAAUUUAAGAGGUUGCAGGAAGAAUAUAGAAAGGAUGGAAAAGGUCAGGGAAGAUAUGGCUUUCAGCUUAUAGGAUUACGUAUGGUACUCUACUUUCUCGUCAUAUUUUCAACACCACCACGAGUUACUUAGAUUAUCCAACUCCUUUCUCAAAAGCAUUACUUUUGUAUAAGCCCUCUGCUUCUGGAACCGAACAUACACACUACUAUAUAUCCAAUUGUUACUUCAACUCUACCAAAUAGAUACCAUGAUUUUGAUAGCAAUUCUUUUAGCUUCUCUUGCUUUUCUGUGGCUUUGCAGAAGCAAGAAGAAGGCAAAUAAUUUACCACCUGGUCCCAUUGGAUUGCCAAUUUUGGGAAGCCUUAACAAGUUGGGAGCAAAUCCUCAUCGGGAUCUGCACCAACUAGCUCAGAAAUAUGGACCUGUCAUGUUCUUACGCUUAGGUUUUGUGCCCACCGUUGUUGUUUCUUCACCCCAAGCUGCUGAACUCUUCCUCAAGACCCAUGACCUUGUCUUUGCCAGUAGACCACGUUAUCAAGCUCAAAAAUUCGUCUCUUGGGGACAGAGGAACUUAGGCUUUGCUGAAUAUGGCUCUUAUUGGCGCAACAUGAGAAAGAUGUGCACGUUGGAACUGCUAAGUCAAACCAAAAUUAAUUCCUUCAGAAGCAUGAGGGAGGAGGAGCUUGACCUGUUGAUCAAGCUUCUGAGAGAGGCAGCCAAGGAUGGAGCUGCUGUUGAUUUCAGUGCAAAGGUUUCAAAACUGAGCGCAGACAUGGCUUGUAGAAUGAUUUUAGGGAAGAAGUACAUGGACCAGGACUUGGAUGAGAAGGGGUUCAAGGCUGUGAUGCAAGAGGCGUUGCAUUUAGUAGCAAUUCCUAACAUGGGAGAUUACAUUCCUUACAUCGCUGCACUUGACCUUCAAGGGCUAACUAGGCGCUUGAAGGUGGUUCAUAACAUAUUCGAUGACUUCUUCGAGAAAAUUAUUGACGAACACAUGGAAUCAGAGCAGGGAGAAGAGAAAACAAAGGAUUUCGUGGAUGUGAUGUUGGGUUUUUAUGGUACUGAAAAUUCUGAAUACCGCAUUGAACGAGACAAUAUUAAAGCCAUACUGAUGGAUAUGUUGGCUGGGUCAGUGGACACUUCUGCUACAUCAGUAGAGUGGACACUUUCGGAGCUGCUAAAGAAUCCAAGGGUGAUGAAGAAACUUCAAACGGAAUUGGAAAGCGUGGUGGGUAUGGAGAGGAAGGUGGAAGAAUCAGACUUAGAGAAGUUAGAGUAUUUGGAUAUGGUUAUAAAGGAAAGUCUGAGACUUCAUCCAGUGGCACCUUUGCUGAUACCACACCAGUCCAUAGAAGACUGCAUGGUUGGAGAUUAUUUUAUUCCUAAAAAAUCAAGGGUUAUAGUGAAUGCAUGGGCUAUUAUGAGGGACCCAAGUGCUUGGGAUGAUGCAGAAAAGUUCUGGCCAGAGAGAUUUGAAGGAAGGAACAUAGAUGUUCGAGGGAGUGAGUUUGAGCUGAUACCGUUUGGGUCUGGCAGAAGGCGAUGUCCAGGAAUGCAACUUGGUCUAACUGUGGUUCGUGAGACAGUGGCUCAACUUGUCCAUUGUUUUGAUUGGAAACUGCCAAAUGACGUGUUGGAAGAAGAGUUGGACAUGACAGAGAAGUUCGGACUCACAAUGCCAAGGGCCAAUCAUCUAUUUGCCAUUCCUACCUAUCGACUUUCCCAUGAAAGGGAUUGUUAGGGAACGAAAGAUGUUUCAUCUACCAUUUCUCACAUUCAGAUGUGAUUAGGGAACACAAUUUCCUUGUAUUUUGUUAGGUUGCAUUUAGUAGGUGCAUUUAUGGUGACACAGACUUCUGUUAAAACAUUUUGAUGAGUAUAGCAAGAAGAACUUGAUAUUUUUAAGUAUUUUUUAGUCUAUCUGUCCACGUGACAUUUAAAUGUUGAUGGAAGAAAUAGUCUUCAUUCUUUCUCAACCAAACAUUUUAACCUAGAUAUUUUCUGAUGGACCUUUUUUUAAUACUCUUAUAGAUAUCACCUUCCCA